AUGCAGCACGAUGAUCUCAUCUGGCAAAUCAUCAACAAUGAGUUUUGCUCGUUCAAAUCAAAGUUAAGGCAGGAGAAACAAGCAUUCUGCAGAAAUCCAUACAAUGUGGCUGGAAUUUGCUCGAGAAAGCACUGCCCGUUAGCAAACUCGCGAUAUGCGACAAUUCGUGAGGAAAAGGGAAAAUGCUAUCUAUAUAUGAAAACGAUCGAGCGAGCUCAUACUCCCAAGAAUCUCUGGGAAAAAGUCGAGUUGUCGGAGAAUAAAAAUGAAGCUAUAUCACAAAUUGAGAAAAACUUGCAGUACUGGCCCAAGUUCCUCAUCUCCAAGAACAAGAAGCGUUUGCUGCGAAUUCGCCAGUAUUUGAAGAAGAUGCGAAAGCUGCGUCAGCGCGUGCAACCUGAACUGGAGCGAAUCAACCGAAAGACCGAAAAGCGCGAAGCGGUUCGCGAGAAGAAGGCAGAAAGCGUGGCGAAGCUGGAGAAAUCGAUCGAGUCGGAGCUGCUGGAUCGUCUGAAGAAGGGAACGUACGGAGAUAUCUACAACUUUGCUCCGGAAGAGUUCAAUAACAUGCUGGAUGAGCAUCAGGAAAGCGAGCCAGAAAUCGAAGACGAGUUCAUUGAGGAUUACGACGAUGAGGAAGAAGAGGAGGAUAUGGAAGAGAUGGGAGAUCGCAUGGAGUCGAAGUUUGAUGGGAAAUUACCGAAGUCUGGAAGCCAUGUGGAGAUGGAGUAUGAAGAGGAGGAGAAUGAUCCCGAGUUGGAGGAAAAUUAGUGUGCUUUUAUUCAUUUU